AUGGCCUCAUUUCGCGGCCUACAAACUAAAUAUGCUUCACUUUUAAAAAAGUUUACUGUCUCACCCCUCGAGUUUGAGGUUUUCACCAGUAUCCCCACUAGUGGCUCUCGCUCGCCAGGCCUUCUCUAUGUGCUAGAUUCGUCUUUCAAUCCACCAACCUGGGCGCAUCUUCGCAUUGCGGGCUCCGCGCUUCUAGAGCGACCUGAACCAGACUCUCGACUGCUUCUCCUACUUGCUAUACAAAAUGCCGAUAAACCUUCGAACCUUGCUUUGUUCGAAGACCGUCUCGCGAUGAUGGAGUUAUUUGCGCACGACCUGCGAUCCUACAUCAGUACAAAGAUAACAUCCCAGGACGGCUCAACUUCCAUGGCGCGUAUUCCCAGUAUUGAUAUUGGUGUGACCAAGAAACCCUAUUUCAUUGAUAAGGCCAUGGUGAUUGAGAAUUCCGGCGUGUAUUCCACCCUACCUGAACAAGUUCAUUUGACAGGUUAUGAUACUCUAAUCCGCAUAUUUAACGCGAAAUACUACCCUCCAGAAUACACUCUAGCGCCACUAGCUCCACUUUUUUUCAAGCAUCGUCUACGAGUGACGAUGAGGCCCAGCGACGAAUUGGGAGGUAGAGAGGAACAAGAGGCCUUUCUACGUGGACUUGCUUCUGGAGAUCGAGACCAAGAAGGCGCACAACGAGAAUGGGUAGAAAGGAUUCAGUUGGUUGAAGGCAGAAAACCGGAUCAAGAGCCGGUGAGCUCUACUAGAGCGCGCAAGGCAAUAAAAUCCGCAAGUCAAGAUCUUGAGUGGCUUGUGCCUGACAAUGUCCGUCAAUUCUUGUUGUCGCAGAACCCAUACUCUUCCGAGGGCUCUCUUUAG